GAGGAGGAGGAGGAUGUCUUGUUGGGGUAGGGACAGUGAGAUGUAAAUGGUUCUGAGGGCGAAUACUUAAGUAUAGGAAGUUACAGCUUCUUCUUUGAUCGCUUCUACCUUCUGUGAUGAGUCAGGUACAUCUUGCUCAACAAAAAUGCUCGUCAAAGUCGUACUGUGUGCAGCAGGCUUUAGACGGACGUCAUCGUUCUGCGAACUCGGCGGUGUGCAACUUCCAAGAAUGUCGCUGCGGCAACCAGCGCACGCGACACGUGGUGCACCUGUACCGACGCACCUUGGCGGAUCAAUCGCGCCGCUCGCCCUGGCGACCUGUCAGCAGAACAGGGUGGGGCCUGCGCCGUCCUUCGCUCGUGCACACAGGGACGAGGACAUGAUUCUGGAGUGAAGACAUCCUCAGCUGGUGAGUGUAGACCUGAAAACCAGACCUGAGCAAGAUGGCGGGGCACGUCACAGCGCAACAUCCGGAAGUGUCGUCAGGGCGGCGCCAGCAGGUGCAGGUGAACAGACGUCUUGUCCGUUUCAAGUUCCGCCACUGCAUCUUUAAACUUGGAGUCAUCGGAGUUCUCGUCGCCGUCUUUUUCAUCGUCUUCGGACUUUGCGGUCCUGGCUGGGCUAGUCAUUACUAUCUGUGGACGGAUGAACUAUACCAAAGUAAUAAAGCGAGUGUCGCCGCCGUCAGAGUGCUGUACUGCGUGACAAUAACUGGAAUCAUCUUGUCCCUGGCGCUGGAGGCUUAUCAGGAUUUUUGCAAAGUACCUCCGCCAGCUGAGAACAAGGCUGUGGAAAUCGUUUCCUUCAUAGCAGGUCUUUCGGGAAUCGUCGGCACCGUCAUAUUUUCGUUGCUUUUCCCGGGAAACGAGAACCUGGGUUGGGCCUUUGGUCUGUCGGCCACGUCAUCGACCCUCACCACCGUGUCCUCCCUUCUGAUUGCUGGUAGCCGUGUGUUCCACAAGGAUUCGCUGACCUCGGCCAUAGCAGACUCAACAGUGGCAGGAACAUCAGCUGCUGACGACGGGCACCUGGCGCCACCUGGCAUUCCCCUGCAGAACUUUCAAGCAACCGCUUAUCCCGAGAGGUACUUGUCGGAGUUUCCUCACUCAUCGUCCGCCACGUCAUCAAGGAGCGCAGAUGCAGUUGAAACAUCGAGCGAUGUGCACGCGCAGUACGUUCAGCCUGCAGACGGUGCCCCUCCCUUCUACGUCAUGGGAGGUCACGUGGUUCCACCGUCCGCACCACCUUUCACAGGAGACUCGGGGCGUGACCCUUUGGGGUCAUUCACACCCGUGGUGCCCAGCGCGCCGCCGUUGGAGGAUGUUUUGUACUGAAAUAGCGUGUGUUAUUGUGGAUUCGUGACGUGCCUUCAGCAGUUACUGGUCACGUGACUGCUUGGAAUUACACAUUUCGGCUUGUGAACAACAGUUAAACAAUUGGACUGCGCUUGUAAAUAUUGAAAGUCCCCCGGUGCUGAUCAAAUGUUGAGAAGUCUCAAAGAUAUUUCAAAUUAACGUGUAUUUUUAAAGAAAUUAUUUGAUCUCGUCUGUUAAUGGUUAUUUACAUGUUAUUAUUUUCCACUUUGCCUUUCAAAGUCUUCGUGUUGUAUUUCGUCGCUGACCAUGUGCGUCCGAUCCGUAUUCAAUAGUCUUUGGCUCCACUUGAGAUGGUGAAAACCUCUGAGAAACGGAGGCAUCGUCAAGAAACAAUGUAAGGCGUACGUAGCAACGGUGCCUACACCCUCCCGGUGAUUAACAGUUAUAGAAAUACAGAGACCCUGUUUACAAGUUGAUAUGAACAAUCUAGAAACAUAUCUAGCUUAUAAGUUGACAGGCACAAGAACUCGCAUUUGGUUCAUGUUCUUUUUCUAUGUCCUGUCCUCUCGCCUGGAAUGAACAGUCUCUUCAUAUUCGCUGGAAACCUACUCUCUUCCUUCAAAAUGGAUUUAAAAUCUUACCUUUCUCUCCUCAUAUAACCCCGCGUGUGUGUCCAUGAAUUCUUUUUUCAUUUCUUAUGACUUUGUAUAAGAAGACCUGGUUCUUUAUAAAACUAUUAUUAUUUUUUCUGGACGGACAUGACGUGGUGACACUAAUGGUCCACGAGGUCGGUCGCUGAAGAUGGCAUCUAGUCUUCUCCCAGCAGAAGCUCAGGCAGUUCUUCGGUGCUUCAUACUUUCGUUUUCUUUUUGCUCAAUUUUCCUGUUUAACGAGAAGAAUUUUAAACUAUCACAUUUUGUGAUCAUGAUCGUGCCUUUAGCUUUGUGUUUUGCUGCGCAGGACACAACAGAAUGAAGGCAGAAUACUGCUUUAUAUUAACCACUGCAAGGUCUGCAAAAAUGGCGGAGAUGCCUAUAAUGCAUUUCAAGUAAAGUCAUUUUACCAAAACUUGUUCAUGCCAGAGGCUGGCUUUAUGUGAAGUCUUAAGUCCGAGAAGAGGUUAAGCCCAAGUUUGUCGGCUUACCUUCCGAAAAUCUGUGGAUAGUCAACUUGUCAUUUGACACAGUGACCACACCCAUUUUGAAGCCGUCACAUGCGUACACACCAGCGGACACAGUUAAGCCGUCGAACUUAUUAACAUCGACUUAAGACUUCACGUGGAACCGACCCCAGAGAUGCGAGCUUGGCGUUGACAGCAACAUACGGGUGUCUAGAGGACAAAGGGCAAGGGGCAAGGGCGAGCUUCGCGUUGACAACACUCACAUACGGGUGUCUAGAGAGAUAAGGACGUCAUCACUACGAGCUCACGUUUUAUUGCCGUUUGUUUGUCAAUAAUGCCUCUCCAUCUAUUACUGUUUCCACGCUGAUACUCGAUUUCAGUGAUCUACAAAUGUCCUCUUGCAUGUUGUUAUAAAUCAGUAUUUUGCUCGCCACCUAAUUCUGUCUAUAAUAAUAAUGUUUUAAUAUAGACUAUUAAUUUCAAAUUGUUAUUGUAUAUUUUACCUGUUUGAGGUUACAUAUAUAGUUGAAAUAUUUAUUGUCUAAUUAUACGCUAACAAAGACGUAUGCCUUACUGAACAAUCAAAGAAUGCCUCAAAUUAAACAAUGUUUUCAUCAAAGCAGUUUAUGACUACUGAUCUCUGUAAAAACCUUGAUAGUCCAUUAAACAAAAAGCUUUUUGAACAGAA